CUCCACGCCCAAUUUAGGUGCAACGGCGAGCAAGUUUAGCAUCAGGAGCAUGGACACCGUGCCAAAAGACGGGACGCACCGGCACCAGAGUGUGCCGGCUCUCAGCUCGUCCAAGAGCAGUCACCAGUCGUCGAAGGAGAGUCUUCGGUCGUCGACCCGCCAGUCGUUUGCCAACACACGCAAGCCGUCGUCGGUGCUCCCCAAAAUCUACUUUGGCGCGCGCCAGCCGUCGCCGCGGGGCAGUCUCUCGGCGACCGACGAAGAGAAGGGGCUGCGCCGGCUCAUGUCGGGCUUGCUCGCGCUGCCGACGACCACCCACCGGUUUCCACGGGGCACUCAUGUGGCGUUCGUUAUCGACGAUACCCGCCGAGGCACGGUCGCCGGGCAUCCCGCGUCCGAUCGGUACACCGUCGUCCUCGAUGACGCCGACGUCGUCGACGACGUGGCCGAAACCGAUCUCGUCGAAUGCAUUUUGCCACAAGACAAGGAGAACCCGACGUUUGACGCCGACGACGGCGUCGAAUUCACCACGUGGUGGCUCCCUCGCAUCACCACGUACCUGGUGACGCGGCCAACGUCCUCGACCCGUGGCACCACGAUCGUCGCGAUCGAGCCGCCGGCCACCUCGACCCCGCCUGUUUCAAAUGACCUGCUUUCCCAUGUUGAGAAGCUAAAAGCCCAUGUCCUCGGCCGCUUGGAAGGAGAUACGCCGCCGAUCGAGAUCGCCGUCGGCGCCCACGUUCUCGUCCGGGGUCCACCAGCGUACUUUGGCUGCAUUCAAGUCGUGUACGCCGGUGGUACUCUCCUCGAUGUGCUCGACGGCCAGCACCACUUGCACCACCAAGUACCCAGCCGCCUUGUUGAAAUCAUCAGUAUCGACACGCAACUGCAAGAGCAUUGUACGCAGCUGACGGCCAUGGUGGAGAAUCCGGUGGUGACGCCAUACCAGUGGCCGUUUGUGACGUCUCGGACGCAAACAGACGAUCCGGGGGCGUCGUUCACGCUGCACGCACGGGUGCAACUGCGGGCAACCAAGACGUUAGGGCUUAUCGUGGCCAUCAACUCCAACGCGACAGUCGCCGUCGAGCUCGAGACGGGCUUCACGGACGGCUGCGUGCACUGUGAUGAGCUCGACACGGUGACCGACGACCCGACGGAAGCGUAUAUAACAACGUCGAGCAUCGCCAAGGCGUUCAAUCUCUCCAACUCCUCGUCGGUACACGCCUCGACGCACGAGAGCGGCUGGUUGUCGCUGCCGCCUCUGCUCUCGGCCCGGCGCGGCAGCCAGACGCGCAUCAAGACGGACUUUGAGGCGCACGAUUUGGUCUUGGCCUUUUGUCCGCGAUGGCUGCAGUACUGCGUCGGCACGGUCCUCGAGCGAACCAAGGCUGGAGUCACGGUGGUUUUUGAUUAUGGCGAGAUCUACGCCGAGAUUCCGCUGACCAAAAUUGUCGACGUGCUCUACACCAAAGUCAUCUGCGACAGUCGUGGCAACCGAUUGGCGCCAACGUGGAACUACUCGCACGGGUGGGAGGGCGCCCUCGACACGUCUGUGGCCUGCAAAGGAGAUCCGCUGCUUCAUCAAAUGCUCUGCGUGCCUGCGCAAGUGCAACAUUGGAACAGCCAGUUUCACGUUGGCGACGUGGUCCUCGCGCGCUACUGGGGCGCGUCCAUGUACUACCGGGGCAUCCUCGUCAAGAUCCUUGAAGACCUUAGCGUCAACGUCAUGUUCGAGUCGGGGCACCUUCAGCGCAACGUCCCCUGCAGCCACCUUCUGUCGACGUCCAAAGAACCUGUCAAAGUGAUGGAGAAGCCGUCACCAAAGCCAGCACCGGGCCCGACGUCUGGGGCGUUGCCAGAGCCCAAGCGCAAGCCACAGCCGCCGCGACACCACCCAAAGCGAACCAUUCUGCGACGAAUAACCCACUUGCUCGGGUUCCAGUAAAAUGAAAUGUGGUUUUGUCGUUAUUGUCA